CCAAAUAGCCUCAUGGACUAUUGCACCAGUAGCACACACCCUGUGCCACGGCACUACUCUUUCGGGCUUUGGCUUACGAGCAUUCUUUUGUUCACGGCGGCAACAACGCCGACGACGGAGGGGUGCGUAGAGGGUGAGAGGGACGCCCUCCUCGACUUCAAAACCGGCAUCGUCAAGGAUCAUACUAGCCGUUUGUCAUCAUGGCGAGGCCGAGUAGACUGCUGCAGAUGGAGCGGGGUGGUCUGUGACAACAGAACCGGCCAUGUCGUGGAGCUCAACCUCCAGAAUUCAGACCCUUAUAACGAUGAGACGUCUAUCGGAGGUGAGAUCAGACCAUCCUUGCUCCUGCUAACUCAUUUGGAGCGCCUCAACCUCAGCAACAAUGACUUCGGUGGGAUCCAAAUCCCGGAAUUUUUGGGUUCCCUUCCCAAGUUGACCUAUCUCGACCUCUCCUGGUCCAACUUCAGCGGAGUCAUUCCGUCCCAGCUGGGCAACCUGUCCACCCUCCGCUCUCUCGAUCUCUAUUCGGAUGGCUUAUCGACCGAUGGCCUGCACUGGCUCUCGCGUCUCACUUCCUUGAGAUACCUCGACAUGAGCUUUGUGAAACUUUCCAUGGCCUCCCACAAUUGGCUUCAAGCGGUGAACAUGUUGUCCUCACUGGAGGAGCUACAUUUACAAUACUGUGGCCUCACCGACCUCCCCUCUUCUCUUUCCCAUGUCAACCUCACAGCACUGGCCAUUCUGGACAUCAGUGACAACUUCUUCAACUCCACCUUCCCCAACUGGCUAUGGAAACUCCACAGCCUCUCUUAUCUUGAUCUCAGUUUUUCUAUGUUUCAUGGUGCCAUACCCGCUGGGAUUGGAAAUUUGACUGGUCUAAGAGAACUUCAUCUUAAUGAUAAUUCACUUUCAGGUCCCGUACCCACUGAGGUUGGAAUGUGGAAUAGUUUAAAACUUAUCGAUCUGAGUGGUAAUUCACUCUUUGGACCCAUACCUGAUGGGAUUAAGAAUUUGACUCGUCUAAGAAAACUUUUUCUUAGUCAUAAUUCUCUUUCAGGUCCCGUACCCACUGAGAUUGGAAAUUUGAAUAGUAUAGAAUAUAUAGAUCUCAGUGGUAAUUUACUCUUUGGAACGAUACCUACUGAGAUUGGCAAGCUUUCCAACCUCAUUUUUCUUUCUCUCUCUAGUAAUUCCCUAGAGGGCACCGUGUCUGAACUCCAUUUCGAUAACCUAACCGAACUAAGUGAGCUUGAUCUAUCCGAAAACUCCCUAGUCAUCUCAGUAGACUAUGAUUGGGUUCCUCCUUUUCAACUCCGAUCCAUUCAACUGAAGUCUUGUAAGUUGGGGCCUGCAUUUCCAAGAUGGCUCCGUUCACAAAACUCCAUUAACGAUUUGGGUAUGUCGAACACAAGCAUCGAGGACGUCUUGCCUGAUUGGUUUUGGAACAUUCCCGCUUUUUCUAUAAAUCUCUCCCAAAAUCAGAUUAAUGGUACUUUGCCAACUUUCUUGGAGCACAUGACAAACCUGUCCACUCUGAAACUAAGUAUGAAUUUGCUUGAAGGCCCUAUUCCUCGUUUGCCACCUUACUUGAGUUAUUUGUAUCUGUAUAAUAAUUCCUUUUCGGGAUCGUUGUCAUCAAUUUCUCUCCCACUAGAAUUGGAACUGUUGGAUCUCUCACAUAACCAUAUCAAUGGGAGCAUACCAUCAUUUGUCUGCAACUUGACACAACUUCGUAUCCUCGAUCUAUCGAGCAACCAAAUAUCAAGUGAAAUCCCUUGGUGUUGGCAAGAGACAAACUUUAUUAUCUACAUUAAUCUAGCAGAUAAUAAUCUCUCGGGAGAAAUUCCUAGCUCUAUUGAAAAGUUGACUCAGCUUCGGUCUUUGCACUUAAACAAUAAUAGUCUACAUGGGCAUCUUCCGUUGUCAUUGAAAAAUUGCAGUGGACUGGUUUUUCUUGAUCUUGGCGAUAAUAAAUUCUCAGGUAGCAUACCUACGUGGAUUGCACAAAAUUUUCAAAACCUAGAGGUACUCCGGCUAUGCUCAAAUAUGUUUUUUGGUAACAUUCCUACUGAGCUUGGACAACUUCAUCAUCUACAUAUUAUCGACCUUGCUAAUAAUAAUUUAUCAGGUCCAAUUCCACGCUCCCUUGGCAAUUUAAAUGCAACAAAAACUUAUAGGCAACGAAAAUUGACUAGUCUAGGCCAACAUAUAACUUAUAGUGCAUUGAGACGACUAGACACUUAUGAUGAUAGCAUCACUCUAACUAUAAAGGGAAAAAGUCUCAUCUUUUCAACCAUUGUUUACCUUGUCAAUAUUAUAGACGUUUCAAAUAAUAAUUUGACAGGAGAAAUCCCAGUAGAAAUUGGGUCUCUUUCGACACUCCAAACUUUAAAUCUAUCAAGAAAUAAUCUUGUCGGCCAAAUACCAGUGACAAUUGGUGCCAUGAAGUCAUUGGAAACUCUGGAUCUAUCAUUUAAUAAGUUAUCCGGAGGCAUUCCUCAAAGCUUGUCAGACUUGUAUUCUCUGAAUCACUUGAAUCUGUCUUACAACAAUCUAUCAGGAGUUAUACCUUCAGGAAAUCAACUACAAACACUCAAUGACUCAUCCAUUUAUAUUGGCAAUGCAUAUCUAUGUGGAGCUCCCCUCAUCAAGAGUUGUUACGAUCUUAAAAGCAACAAUGUGACAAAAGAAGACAACAAAGACGAAUCUUUUACGCCAUCAUAUUAUCUGAGUAUCAUACUCGGAUAUUUGGUUGGAUUAUGGAGCUUGUUUAUCAUCAUGUUGUUCAAGAAAAAUUGGAGGGUUUUCUAUUUUCAGAUGUUUGAUAAAAUGUAUGAUAAAGCUUAUGUUGUCAUCAAAAUAAGAAUUAAUAGAUUAACAAGUGAUUGAGAGUGAGGACGCCAUAAAAAGUCAAUGUAAUAGGAGUAUCUUGUGUGUUGUAUCCAUAAUAAGUUUGAAUCUUGCAAGAUGACAUCGUGUUAGAGAUCAUGUAAUGGUUACUUUUCAAA